CUUUUGGAGUGCAGUCGGUGCGACCGAUUUUCCGGCACUCCAAAGCCGUCCGCCUGCGAAUGGUGGCGGUCGGCGACCCACAGCAGGCAGCAAUCCUGCUCGAGCGGCUCCGUUCAUUCGAGGCCGAGGCGCAGGCAGCACUCGGUCCUGCACAGCGGCUUCUUGGCAUCCCUCCGCUCCUCGCGCUCCUUGCCGGGCUCGUCCUCAAGCCCAGCCAAAAAGUGGCGCCGACGCUGGAGGAGCAGAAUGCGUUUGCCCGCCUGCAGCUCGCGCUCAAGGCGGCGGGAGGCGGCGCCGGCGAGUGCGGUGGCGGCCUGUUGCGGCUAACGCCUGCCCUUUCGCCCUCGCCGGAGAUGGCGGCGCUUGCUGCGGCAGUGCUGGGCGCGGACGCGGGACGUGCCAGCCUCGAGGAGCUGAUGCUGGCCCCUUCGGUCGACGCGACCGAGAGCGACCUGCAGGGCGAGGGGUGGACCGCCGCGGGCAAGGGGCGCAGGCGCGCCAGCGGUGGCUACAGCAGUGGCGGUGAUGCCGGCUGCGGGGCGGAGGGCGGCGGCGGCGGCGGCGGCGGCGGCGGCGGCGGCGGCGGCAGCGGAUGGGGCGUCCGGGGCAGUGGUGGCCCAAGUGGCGACAGACGCAGCGGCGACGCCUCCGCCACCACUGCCGCCGGACAACCAGACAACCAGGCGGAGGAAGAGGCGGAGCAGGAGGCGGCGGCGGAGGUGGUGGAGCCAGGACGGGAUCCCCCGGCGGCUGCGGCCGAGCCUGCCGUCGCUGAGGCUGUCGGGGAGAGGGAGGGUGCGGUCGAGGGGCGGAGCCACGCCGAGCUGUGCGCCGAGGUGAGCUGGCUGCGCGCCGUUCUCGAGGAGGAGCGCACCGCGCACCGCCGCGCGAUGGCGGCGCAGCGCGACGAGCACGAGGAGGCCCUCGAGAAGGCGCGCGGAAGAAUCCAGGCUCUGCGGCUGCGUGUCUACAUUCUUGAGGCGGCCGCCGACCCCGAGAGAGAGGCGGAGGCGGAGCAGGAGGACUCGCCGCCCGGCGAGUAUGGGCCAGCAGGUCGCCUCGGUUUGGUUGCGGUUGGGCGGGCUGGCGCUGGGCGACUCGGCGGGGGCGCCGCGGAAUAGGUGACGUACGUUAGGGGGGAGGCAUCCUCUAGCCUUUGUACCAACUCCUCGCAAGUCUCGC